AUGGAAACAUUAUGUUUAUUAUUACAAGAAGCCAAUUUUAGAUUAAAUGUUGACAAAUGCGAAGUUGCAAGAGCAGAAAUAUUAUUUCUUGGACAUUUAAUUAAAGCAGGUACUAUUAAACCUGAUCCAGACAACAUCCGUGGUUUGACCGAAACACGUGAACCAACAUCAGCUGAAGAAGCAUUUAGAUUCGUCAAAGCAGCAGAAUAUUACCGAAAAUUUAUUCCAAAAUUUUCCACCAUCGCUGCACCAUUACAUAAAUAUUCUCCAGCAACAGUACAACAACAGAAGAAUAACAAAAAAUUAAAAUUUGAAUUAUCUGCCGAAGCUAGAACAGCAUUCCACCAACUUAAGAAAAUCUUAACAACUGAUCUUAUUCUUGAUUUACCUGAUGAUACAUUAUUAUUUAAAUUACAAACUGAUGCUUCUGUAGAUGGAAUUGGUGCUGUUCUAUUACAAAUUACUUCCAAUGGUGAUCGACCAUUAGCAUAUAUGUCAAAGAAAUUAACAAGAACACAAAUUAAUUGGCCAACAAUUGAACAAGAAUGUUAUGCAAUAGUACAAGCAAUAGAAAAAUGGGACAAAUAUCUUCGUGGACACGAAUUUAUAUUAGAAACUGACCAUGAACCAUUAAUUCACUUUGCAAACAAAGAACAAUUAAAUAAAAGAUGUGAACGAUGGCGAUUAAAAUUAGCUGAAUAUCGAUUUAAGGUGAAACAUAUUCAAGGUAAGAAAAAUCAUAUGGCAGAUUAUCUUUCAAGAUCACCAGUCGACAUAGCUGAAGAAGAUAUUGAAGAACGAACUCAGUAUGAAUCAACAUCAACACAAACAGAUUUAUCAUUUUCAUCAUUAAAUAAUAAUUUAACUCCAUUAAAAAUGACAACAGCAAUUACUAGAGCCCAAGCCAAAUUACAACAACAAGCAAUGGCAACACCAUCUAUUAAACUGCCAGAUGGAAAAAUUAAUGAGCUCAUCCCACAAGGGAAAGUAGCGACUGAUGAAGAACUGAUAAUCAAACCACCAGAUGAAAAUCCAAAUAAGAUCAUCCCAUUUGAUAUGGAUGACUUAAGAAAAUGUCAAGAAGAAGAUAAAACAAUUCAAGAAAUAAAAAAGAAUAUUAAGAAUAAAAAACAUUAUUUUAUUGAAGAUGGAAUAUUAUUUAAAAAACAACAACUACCACUUCUAUCUGUACCAUAUGUUCCAGCAGGACUAAUACGUGGUGAUAUAUUAAAAAUUUAUCAUGAUACACCUGCUAAUGGAGCUCAUUUUGGACGUGACAAAACAAUAAGAAAAAUUCAAGAACGUUAUUAUUGGCCAACAAUGAUAGCAGAUAUUAGAAAUCAUUUAGAUUCAUGUUUACCAUGUGCACAAAAUAAUUAUCGUCGUCAAAAAUUACCAGGAAAAUUAAAACCAAUACCACCACCAGAAGGAAUAUGGAAAUUAUUAAGUAUGGAUUUUCAUGGUCCAAUUACUCCAACAUCAAAAAUAGGAAACAGAUACAUCAUAUCUCUUACAGAUGUUUUAUCAAAAUUUGUUAUUACAAGGGCGGUUCGAGAUUGUUCAGCAGCAACAGCAGCUAAAUUUCUUAUUAAUGAUGUUAUAUUAAAAUAUGGCACUCCAACAUGUAUAUUAACUGACAAUGGUACUCAUUUUACUUCUCAAGUUAUGAACAAAUUAUUUGAAAAUAUUGGAGUCACUCAUCUUUAUUCCACAGUAUAUCAUCCACAAACUAAUGGACAAAUUGAACGAUUCAAUGCAACUAUGGAUGGAAAAAUUGCCGCUUUAUGUAAUGAACGACGUACAGACUGGGAUGAAGUAUUACAAUUUGUUACAUUUAAUUAUAAUACAUCAAUACAUGCAACAACAAAACAAACACCAUUCGAAAUGAUGCAUGGAAGACAAGUUACACUUCCAUUUGAUCAACAAAAAGAAAUUAUUUCGCUCACACAAGAUCCAGAGCACAGUCAAAAAAUUAGAAUAUAUCUCGAAAAAUUAGUAAAUGAAGCUCGAAACAAUAUUAUAAAAAAUCAACAACAAUAG